AUGAAGGCCGUUCAAUCUCUCCUCCCAGUCUUCGGACUCGUCGCGGCUGUCAACGCCAUGUGGUUGAAUGAGACUACCGCGUACACCACCGAGACCGUGACUUCGUACACGACCUACUGCCCAGUGGCCACUACCGUCACCCAAGGCACUAAGACAUACACCGCAACCGCUGGCCAGACUUUGACCAUCACUGAUUGCCCAUGCACAAUCAAGCACCCAAAGCCAACAACCACUCCAGCACCACCAGCUCCACCAGCCGGAACUGCUCCUCCUGUGUACAUCACCACGACUGUGUCCGAGUACACGACUUACUGCCCAGUUCCAACUCAAGUCAUCCAAGGCAAUGUUACCUACACAGUAACAUCUGCUACAACUUUGACCAUCAAGAACUGCCCUUGCACAGUCUCCUACCCCGCCACUACCUACACCACUGUUACCCUCUCAUCAACAACCACUUACUGCCCUGCUCCAACCACUGUCACCAUUGGCCCAGUCACCACCUACUGCCCAACUGCUGGUACCUACACCAUCCCAGUUGUUACCGUCACUCCAGUUCCAGGCACCCCACCAACCCCAGCUCCAGUGCCAGUUACCACCACUGCAGUUCCAGGUGUUCCAGCACCAACUGGCGGUGUUCCAGUCGGCCCAGUUGCUUCCCCAACCGGUCCUCUCAUCGCCAACGGUGCUGAGAAGGUCAGUGCUGGACUUUUCGGACUUGUUGGUUUCGUUGCCAUGCUUCUGUAA